GAGAGGCUGUGAGGAUGAAGAGCAAGAGCUGGAAACAAACAUCAGUGAAGAAUGAAGGGUUUAGUGUGUUUACUGCUGAUGUUAGAAACCUUUGUGUGUGUCAUACAUCAUCAGGUAGAUGGAGGACUCAAUGAGAAUGAGAUCAGUCAACAGCUCAGAUCUGAGGACAGAGGACAGAAUCCACCUCAAACAGACACUUUGAGAGAUGAAGCUUCAACUGACAGUCGACAAAACUACCAUCUGUUCUUCACUGACAUCCAUGCAGCGCUGAGAGAACUGACUGCCACAGUUACAGAGCAGAAAACCAUCAACAGAGAACUGAUCGCCACGGUUGCAGAGCAGAAAACAAACAUCAGAGCUUUAGAGAGGAGACUGAUGGAACAACAGACGUUAAUCCUGGAAGAGAUGAACAAGAAAAAUGAUGAAAUUUCAAAUCUUACUCUGGGUCAAGUGGCGUUGAGAAAAGAAAAUAGAGACAGAGAAAUAGCUUUUUCAGCUUCACUGAUGCAAUCUGGCAGUGGAUAUAUUGGUCCUUUUACCACUCACAUCACACUAACCUAUAGGAAUGUCUUCACAAACAUAGGGAAUGCCUACAACCCAAUCACAGGUAUUUUCACAGCCCCACUGAAAGGAGCAUACAUGUUCAGAGUCUCUGUACAUGGUCAUGGCCCAACUCGAUCAGCUGCAGUCAUUUCUAAGAAUGGAAAGAUUGCGGUUGUAGCAGAAUCUAUACAGGCAAAGGAUCAGUUAAACGCCUCAAAUGGAGUUGUGUUGAUCCUGGAGGUUGGAGAUGUUGUGUAUGUGAUACUUUGGUCAGGCAUGAGGAUAUAUGAUAACCACAAUAACCACAACACUUUCAGUGGUUUCCUAAUGUUUCUCUUAAAGUAACACUACACCUGUUUUUCAUUGUAAACUAUGUUAUUCCCUUAACUAAGACAAGAUGAUACAUACCUCUCUCGUUGAAAAGUUGAAGUGCUCCCAAGGACUAGCUGUGGUAUUUCACCACACAAUAUUGUAACAAUUUCACACACUUAGAAAAGCGCAACGUUUUAUUUUGUGUCACCAUUCUUUGUCGAGUUACACUACUUGUGUAACUGAAUUUAAA